CUACAAUUCUAAUCUCUCUCUCUUCUUGUCUGUCUUCUUCUAUCGUCUCUAACUCACUGUUUCUCUCUCUCGAUAUGAAACCGCCGCCGAAUGAGUCCAUCAUGCCGGUCUUGACUCGUCACUGAGUUUAAUCGCUGGUUUAUUUGGUUUCACUGAAACUGAGAAUUGAGAAACUGCCCACAAUUUUGAAAAUCCAUACCAUUUAACCAUUUAUUUCACAUAUUUUAGAUUUGUCUUCGAGUACCAGGAAGGUUUCACUAGAUUUUGGUGAGUAGCUUGAGAGCUUGACAGAUAGAUGAAGUAUAACUAGAUUUUCACUUAUCAGACCCAAGUUAACCAUGUUCUUUGAGCUUAGAUAGUAUAUGAAGACUUGAAAUUUCAAGUUUUUUACGUGCUUGAAAGAAAUACGAUGACCGAGUUUGAAACCGAUAGUACAGCUCCUGCAGAAGAUAGCAUAUCAUCCCCAGUUAAUCAGAUUCAAAUGAUUCCAUUACCAGAACCACAAGAACAACAACAGAAGAAGAAAAAGCGUAAUCUCCCAGGAAUGCCAGAUCCAGAUUCAAUGGUUAUCGCUUUAUCACCAAAAACUUUACUAGCCACGAACCGAUUCCUGUGCGAGAUCUGCAACAAAGGGUUUCAGCGCGACCAGAACCUGCAGCUUCACCGACGAGGUCACAAUUUACCAUGGAAGCUCAAGCAGCGAACCAACAAAGAAAACCGCAAGAAAGUCUAUGUGUGCCCCGAAUCCUCGUGCGUGCACCACAACCCAGCUAGAGCUCUCGGUGAUCUCACGGGUAUCAAGAAGCAUUUCAGUCGAAAACAUGGAGAGAAGAAAUACAAGUGUGAAAGGUGUUCUAAGAAAUAUGCCGUACAGUCUGAUUGGAAAGCUCAUAUGAAGACUUGUGGAACCAGAGAGUAUAAAUGCGAUUGCGGCACAGUCUUUUCCAGAAGGGAUAGUUUUAUAACGCACAGAGCAUUCUGUGAUGCGUUGGCGGAGGAGAGUGCGAGGACAAAACCCACAGUGGUUGCAAGUGCAGAAGAAGAAGGGAAUCAGAAUGCGAAGACCCUUGUUGCUUCUCCACCUCCUCCUCCUCACACUCCGUCAACUGGCGUGGUUUCUCCGGGUCUGUCAAUUCAGAGUUCAGAAAUGCCUGAAAACCCUAUAAGCCUUUCCCCGCCAAGACCUGUGGCGACAACCCCUAGCUCUAGCACCACUCAUACGACUAGUGUUUUUGCUAGUGUAUUUUCAUCCUCAGCAGUCUCGCAAACGUCCCAAGUACCAUCUUCUUCAUUCUCCGAUCAAAUCUCUGCCUUGCCUCACUCUGAUUGCCCAUCAGCCUCCGGAAUUGAACCCACAUCCCUCACCCUCUCCCCAUCUCUUUAUCUCUCCAACAAUAGCUGCUCCCUCUUCUCCAAACCUGAGCAAGGUCAUCUCCACUAUGCUCCCUCUUCACAACCCGCCAUGUCAGCGACUGCAUUGCUUCAAAAAGCAGCUCAAAUGGGUGCAACAUCUUCAAAUCAAUCCUUGCUUCGUGGUUUUGGUUUAUCAAUGUCAUCACCUUCCUCAGGUAAAGAUGCCCAUGGUAAGCAAGAAAACAACUCUGCGGCAACUGGGCUUGGGCUAGGGCUGAAUUCUGGUUUGACUGACGUUAUGAUGGAUCCGUCGUCCCUGUUCGGGAGCAAACCUACCACACUUGAUCUUCUGGGACUGGGCAUAGGUGCUGGUGGAGCUUCCACUAGUGGACUUUCUGCUCUCCUCACUUCGUUUGGAGGUGGUUUCAAUGUUGGAGCAGCUACAGCUUCAUAUGGAGGAGGAAGAGGGAGUUCCCCAAGCGAUCCAUGGGAAGGCGCACCUGAGAGAAAGGCCAGUGGUCCAGCACUGCCAUAGAACUUCACAUUGCAGCUGGUGUUUUUAUUUUCUAGACCAUGGUUUUGUACAAUACAAACAGCAAGAAGUCAGAGAAGGAAGGGUCAUACAGUUAAGACUAUUUUGCUUCCCAUUUGUAGUUGCUGUGAUACUUUUGGGUUAGCUGCUCUUUCCUUUUGAAGUUUUAAUUUUUAUUCUGUGAGAUUAUUAUAUGAAUUAGAGAAAGAGAUGUACGCGCGUACAGGAACUUUCAGUAGUCACUAUUAAGCAAAAUCUGCAAAUGCUAGCACAGAAUAUGAUGCUUGUUUUGUAGUUUAGUUGCUUUUAAAAUAUUUGCUCGAAUUGAAUACUUCGCGUUAAUGGGUUUAGUAAUAGGAAUGGUUUCCCAAGAAAUCUCUCGUGAAAUUGAGGGCACAAUCACCUGUUUCAAAACUGUGUAAUAUGCCAAAUUUAGACAAAGCACAAGGAUGUAGUUGAAACGUUUGUAGUUCUUGAAUAUAGAAGCUGAGGUGUAUGAUUUGAAAA